ACGUGGUGUCCUAUAGUGAGUUUUAUGUUUCAUUUAAGUGAAAUUGGGUUCAGUUGAUUGUCUGUGAUUGCAAGACUACGAGGCUUUUAUCCUCAUGUUCACUGGCUUCCACUUAAGCAGAAGAGUUGUUUGUAGCUGCAGCUAACAAUUAAAGUGUUAUGUAUGUCAAUAAAUGUACAAUUCACUUAUAAUCUACACAUUCAAGUGUAAAUGCUGCCUCCCCCACCCCCACAUUAAACAUAUCACUGUCAAAAGAUGUUCCUACAGCAUGUAUAAUGCUUUGCAGCCCUGUCGCUAUCGUGGAAUAGUGUUUAGAAGACAUUAUGUACACAAGACAUGACUUACUCUGUUCUGUGGCAACUUUGACGCAGUGGUCAUUCUUCCUUGUUUUGUGUACUGGCGGAAUAACAUUCUUUUUCAAAAUGCGUUUAUACCGUACUUUCAAGCCAAAUGCUUCUUGUAAAGGUGUUCCUUCGAAGAAGUCAUCAGUGAAAUGAUCACUGCAAAGGACAGAACUCGAGGUGGCCGUCCAUCUGUCUCUCCUUUUCUGCACUUGCUUCGUCCAUUGUUAAACCUUCCUCUUUUGGAAAAGAAAACAUACUUACAGUAUCACUUGAAUACUAUUAACAUCCAGCAGCAACGCAACAUUUUGGCAUGUUUAUAUUUUCAUGAAAAAUAUGCUGAACCAAUUGGACGAUCCACCUCGAGAAGCAUUUGUUUACUCAGCUUUAGCUGAGAGCUGUUACCACGAUGUUGUCACUUCCAGAAAUGAGGCUGAACUGCGAGAGCUAACUCAUCAUGGCAGGCGCCACAAACUAUAAAUGCACUUUCCCCAUAGAUCUAACAAAGACGCGGCUACAGGUCCAGGGUCAGUCCCAGUACACAGAGGUCCGCUACAGAGGCAUGUUUCACGCCCUCUUCAGGAUUGGCAAGGAGGAGGGCAUCCGGGCGCUCUACUCCGGAAUUUCACCUGCGCUUUUGAGACAAGCUUCUUACGGCACAAUCAAGAUCGGAACCUAUAACUCUCUCAAGAGGCUUUUUGUCAGUCAUCCAGAAGAUGAGACCAUGGUCAUCAAUGUCUUCUGUGGCGUCGUCUCCGGCGUCCUGUCGUCGUCGCUGGCCAACCCCACUGACGUCCUGAAGAUCCGAAUGCAGGCGCAGGGCAGUCUCCUCCAAGGCAGCAUGAUGUCCAACUUCAUCAACAUCUACCAGACGGAAGGCACAAGAGGCCUGUGGCGAGGCGUCAUCCCCACAGCGCAGCGAGCUGCCAUCGUCGUCGGGGUUGAACUUCCCGUCUAUGACAUCACAAAGAAGCACCUCCUCAGAUCUGGCGCCAUGGGAGACACCAUUUUGACACAUUUUAUUUCAAGUUUCACAUGCGGCCUGGCGGGGGCGCUGGCCUCCAACCCCGUGGACGUGGUCCGCACCCGGAUGAUGAACCAGCGAGUGCUGUCGGGAGCACCCAUGUACAAAGGCACUUUGGACGGAGUGAUGCAGACGUGGAGGAACGAAGGAUUCUUUGCUCUCUACAAGGGCUUCUGGCCUAACUGGCUGCGAUUGGGGCCUUGGAACAUCAUUUUCUUCAUCACCUUUGAGCAACUGAAGAAGCUCCCAUUUUAACUGGACCCGAGAAGCAAGACAGCACUGGUCAGUCGGGACUGUGUCGGGCCAUGAAGUGCAGUGGUGACGCAGCAGCAGCAGCAGCAGCAGCAGCAGCAGAAGAAGAAGAAGAAGAAGCAGCAGCAUCACCGGCACCACACUGUUUUACCAGCAACUCAACACAGCAUCGCCUGCUUACAAGCCUCACAUUGUUUUCUUUUUGUUUGCUAUGUUCUAUUUAUUUAUUGUGACUUAUUGUUGUUUUCAUACAGUCGUGAGCACUGAGACCAGGCAGCUACUUUGUAGUUUAGAAGCACCGUGGAGUAGGUGAGUGGAACCUUAACCUCAGGCAAAACGUCUUGUUAAUCUGCAGAAAUCCUGACCACAUGGACGCUUAAUUCAUGGAUGAGGAAAUAGGGAAGUGCUUCAAAUGACAAGCUGACUGUUACAAGGCAGCUCAUCAACACUCCACAUGAAUCCAAAGAUGUGAUCUUUGAAACAAGGAGGUGCCAAACCGUUACAGUCUUUACAUUUUAAUAAUAUUUCCACAGUAUUGACCCUAUUCGUGCCAGGAGAGGCUUUAAAAAAGAAGAAGCGGGCUGCUGUGAUAUCAUUAACAUUGCACAAGCAAGCUCAGAAUGCUGAAUGUACAGUAUAUUUACUGAUAGAAAUCCUCAACUUGUUCGCAGUUUAGUUUUUCAUCGUGUUGGAUAGUAUUACGUACGUGGAUUUCAUCCUUUGAUUAAUAGGAGAUUCUUAAACUUGCCAUACGCAUGAACGUCCUUAUGAUGUGUCCUCCGCUGCUUUAUCUAAAGAUGGAUUCAGUUUCAGAGGCUAUUGUUCACUUGCUGACUUUGCAUCUCUCCAACAGACCAAACUGAAUUCCAGUGAUUGCAGUUUAUGGGAGAUGACAAAAGAAAAUGCGACCAAAGCUGCCAAUCAGUCAAAGAUAACGCUGCUAACGUCCCAUCUUGUCUUUCGUGAGAUGACCAUACAUUGGUCCCUUUUGGUGCAACUUUUCGUCUUUGGUGACAGAAAAGACAAGUGUCCAAACAUGUCAGUCUCUAGCAGGCGCCCCACUUGUUCCCCUUUUGUGUUGCUGUCCAAUGAAAGCAUGCACUGGUAUUGUUUGGUUGGUCAGGUAAAAUUUUAAAACAUGUAAUAAAUUUGCAGGUACGGUUCAGCAGAUUUUACCAUAGAAAUGAAUGGAAAUAGAAAAUAAUCCAUUCUAGGGUCCAACUGUUGCCAUUUUGAAACAUUUAACAUUCUUUACUGUCUUACAGUGUAAAAAGAAGUUAACCACCGUCCAUAUUCAAACGUACAAACCGUUAACACUCUUACGUACGCACUUUUAUGAACAAAUGAGGUUGCAAUAAGAGUUAUGUUGGUGGUUUUUUUGUUGCAUUAAUUGUACAUGAAUUAUGUCAAGCGUAAAAAGAAGUUAACCGUUCUUUAAGCCUUUGAUGCUUGCUGAGCUGAGCUCCAGUGAGGUGCACUGAGAGCUUGCAAGAUGUACAGAAAUCUCACACAAUAUGCCAUCUUUGGGGGAACAUUUCUACCCAAAAUCUACCAAAAAGGAAAAUAAGACAUCAGUGUUCACAUCUUGAAAUGCUUUUGUUGCUCUUCAUUGGAUGGCGACAGUUUGUUGUUUUGCCAGAUCAGGAAAACCAAGGCUGUCUAACUACAUUUCUUCACUGGUUUUGAUGGAGUUAAGUUGUUUUGGAGUGUUUUUUUGCACACCAACUAUAUCCUGGCAGCACUUUAAAGCUCAGACAAACCAAUACUUGCUGUGUUGCUGUUGUGUAUUUGUGUGUAUUUCCUUGUCGUCACAUUGUCUCUCAAGUCUCCACACAUUUUUUUGAAGCUUCUAUGAGAAGCAUUUUGUAUGCGGUUCUAUUUAUUUUGACAUUUUCUUGGCUGAUGUAUUUUUGGCCUCUUUGUCGAGUGAACACAAACGAUGGAUGCUGCUUUCGGUUUUCCUCUGUGUGUGCGUGUUUAUAUUUAUUGCAGUUUCCUCACUCUGUCACCAUUCCUUAUUCCCUUCAUUGAUUUAUUUUUUUUUACAAUUCUGUUUUUAUUUUUGAUUGUAGCUAAUGUACCUUUUCCCUUGGUCAUGUCAAACAAAAUCAUGAAGUGAAAAUCCACUAUAGGUCAUCAGUGAAAUGAUUCAUGUAAAAGGUCAAAAAGGCAGCAAAUAAUCAGUGGGAAGUGAGCACAUGUUCUCUUGACCUCCAGUGAUCAGCUUUCUUUUGUGCUGCUUGUACAUCUCAGCUUGUGUUUUAUGGUGGAGGUUUGGAAUGGAGAUUGUUGGGGUUUUUCCUUCCCCUCUUAAAACAGUCACAGAAUGGCUUAAAUUAAAUUGUUGUACACAAAAUAAUAAUUUAAAAAAAUACGAUGGAUCCAGUGAUUUUUUUCUGUGUUUAUGUCCUGAAAAGGAUCAAACAAACUUAAUUAUGAGUUUAAAAAACAUUGAAGGAUAGAAAAACGGUUUAUUCUGUAUGAAAUUAUUUUAAAUAUGCUAAAUGUGUAGUUUUGUUUAUUUUAUCAUUAUUGUAUUAUAUUUAAAAAUAACGUAAUGUGUUUAAAUGUAAUGUAAAAAAAAAACAUUUAAAAGGUAUACUGUAUUAACGAUAAUAUUAAAAAGUGCAAAAUGAUGUUUGUAAAUGUAUGGUAGCUGUUGGAACAAAGGACCUCCUCUUAUUCAUGAUAUUUAAAAA